GUAGCAUGUACACCUCAAAUGUAUUUCAUGUACAUACUCUUAACUGCUUAACUGCUGAAAGAAGAAUAUAUUAAUUAUCAAUGGUGUCUGAUAACACGUUUACAUGACACAGGUCACAAUGUUUUCGUUUUUUUCAAAGCUAAAAGAGCGCGUCGAUACUUUUCUGAACCAGAAGAACUUUGUUACUGAUUUCCUCAACAAAAUCGAAGAAAAGACUGGAAUUAAGAAGCGUUUACUUGUAAUAGGAUCUGCCUCUGCAACAGGACUGUUCUUAUUGGUUGGAUAUGGAGCCUCCUUGAUCUGCAACUUGAUUGGCUUUGUUUAUCCUGCAUACUAUUCCAUCAAGGCUAUUGAGAGUCCAAACAAAGAUGAUGACACACAGUGGCUAACGUAUUGGGUGGUGUAUGGAUUCUUUGGCAUUGGAGAAUUCUUCUUAGACAUCUUCCUGUCCUGGUUUCCUUUCUACUAUCUGUUCAAAUGUCUCUUCUUGCUAUGGUGUAUGGCUCCAGUACCCUGGAAUGGCUCUCAGAUGUUGUAUAAGCGUUUGGUCCAACCACUCUUCCUAAGACAUGAGGCCACCGUGGACAACAUGGUUUGUGAUCUUAGUGGGAAGGCCCUAACAGCUGUGGAAACUGUUACGAGGGAUGUUCUUCAGACUCUGGUGAGAAACCGAACUAUUCACCCAGCCGAGCCAGCUGCCAAAGAGCUUCCUGGUCCAUCUGUAAAGAAUGACCUGAAGGUAGACUGAACUAGAGUUCACAGGGUCGACGCAAGAUGGCAAGGAAUGAAAUCACUUGGAUGUUGGGGAACCGUGAUGUAACCAGCAUAUGCAGUUUGCUUAAAGCAUAUA